AUGCGGCUGCACCUGGGCCCAGAGCAGGAUGGCGAGCACCUCCUGGCUGCCGCACACGCGCCUGGCAGUUGUUCAGCCCGGGCCGAGGCCAUGUCGGGCCUCUCUGGCCGGCACCCGGGCCGCCUCCAGCACCUGGCACUUCACCUGGGAGGGAAUCGUGCCGUCCACCUCCUCAACGUCUAUGGGUACGCUGGAGGGCGGACCGACCGGGAGCGCAACGCCGACCUGAUCCUGGAGGGCCUCGAGUGGCUCCGGGGCCUAGGCGGGGCGCCCGCGCUGCUGGUAGGCGACCUGAAUUGCAACGUCGCCGAGUCGGGCCUGGAGGGCCUGCUGGGCAUGGCCGGGUGGCGGGACCUCCUGCGGCUGGCCCUGCGCGCGCUGGACUACGUGCUGGCGAAUCAGGAGGCGUUGGGGCUCGUCGAGCGGGUCGGCAUCCGGUGGGACCUUGGGUUCGCCACCCACGCGGCCCUCUGGGUGGAGUUGCGCGCGUCGGCCCCGGAGCGAGCGCUCAUGAGGCGCCCCGUGCAGCGUCUCGACGGCGAUGCCAUUGAGGGCUGGGGGGCGCGGGAGGCCCGGGAGGCCGCCGCCACGGUGGUCGCUGGCUUCGGCACGCCCUUCCACGGCGCGCUGGGGCGGCACGACGUCGAGGCGGCAUGGCAGUCGCUCCGCUCGGCCAUGGUCGCGAUGUCCACGCUGAUGGCGCUGCGGCAGGCCGACGCCGACCAUGCGGUCUGGCGGGCGGCGCUGGCAGACCUGCGACCGGACGUGGAGCUCCCGGCCACCUUGCUGGAGCAUGCGGAGGCCGCAUGGCGUGCCGCCCAGGCGGCAGCGCGAUCCCAGCGCAGGCAGGAAUGGCGCCGCUGGGCCCAAGAGAGUUUGGCCAACGCGCAGGGCCGUCUCUAUCGAUGGAUCCGAGGCGGGUCGGUUCUCGAGGCAGAUUUGGUGCCCGACCCGGCGGCUGGCGCGGCGGCCGCAGCAGCCGGAAGCCGGAGCUGGCUCCUGGCGCUCCGUGGCGGCCCAGCGGCGCGCCUCCGCCACUUCGAAGGGCCGUGGCGCGCACUCUGGCAGCGGCAGUCGGCGCCGCCGCUGGGCGAGGAGUGGCUUCAGGCUUUGGAUGGCCUCCCAGCGUUCCCCGAGCGGGCGCCCUGGACGGCGGAGACGGUGUCCUCGCUGCUUCGCCGCAUGCCUCGGCGGAAGAAGCCGGGUCUAGACGGGUGGACCGCGAAGGAGCUUCGAUUGCUGCCUCCGGAGCUGCACGGGUGGAUCGCCGAGCUGUUCGAGGAGAUCGAGGCCUGCGGGAGCUGGCCUAGCGAGCUGGUGGAGCCGGAGGGCCUCCUGCUCCCGAAGCCCGGGGGUGGCGCAGACCCCAUGGACAGGCGCCCGAUAUGGCUCCUGCCCAUCUUGUACCGCCUGUGGGCGGCAGGCAGGGCCCGCCUGUUCGCUCGGUGGCGCCUGCGGUGGGCCGGCGAGGAGGUCCAGCGAGGAGCAGAGGAGCUGGCCUGGGAGCUCGCGCUGGAGCAAGAGGCGGCGGAGGCGCUGUCCGAGACGAUCGCCGGGGCGGCGCUCGAUUG